AUGGCCCUCGUUCUCUUUCCAUGUUCUGCCCUCACCGCUCUGUACUCUUCAGAACAACGAAAACGCCUCUGCGAGAAGAAGAUUCAACGUGGACCCAAGGAAAGCAGCCGAGCCACUAUCACUUACCGACCUAUGUCCGAUCUCUUGCCCGAUUGGCUGCAGCCGGCGGCGCUGCGACGAUUUUCCAACCAAGACAAGGGUGAAUGUAGCUCACACUAUUCACUGGCAUCGCGGAGCCGGUCGCCGUCGGACGGUCUAUCUGUAGCAGAGGCGGGCGAGUAUGAGCCAAACGCAUCGAAUGCAAUGAUUUCGCCACGGCCUCCGCCGCCGGUGCUAUGCACAUCAACGCACGCGCGAGGCGAUCCAAACACCUUACCGCCCCAUUUCGUCACGCUGCCAGCCAGUUCUUUUACCCUGGGCUUUGUUACUGGCCUCUACACUUCAGCUAACCGAGCGAGCCUAGUGUUCAUGGCCGAGAACGCGCAUCGAAGGCCCGAGACCGUCCAAGGAUGGUACUUCUACAAUAAGACAAAGGUGGAUCUGUUCAAAUAUAAGAAGUGCUACUCGUAUCCCAGCCCCUCAUUCUCACAUUUUCACCGUGAUCCUGCGCUUUUUCCCCCGCAGAACUACAAGGUACUCCUCGCCGGUGCCAAAGGAGGCCUCGCAACGGGCCUGAGGCUCUCGGCCUGGGUCACUGCUUUUAUGGCUCUAGACGAAGCUUUCGGAGCUGGGCGGCUAUCCUUGGCCAAUUAUGUCCAACAACUACGAGUUGAGCGACAGUACAGGCGUCGGAGACUGCAACUCGAGCGAAGUCGAACAGGCGGUACUGCGGAGCUCGCCUCGCAGCCUCCCACGCUCAGCCUGGAAGAAACUGCUAUGGAAGCACUACAGGCGAGCUUGGAAAGUAUGCGCGGGAUUGCGAGCGGAGGAACCACCAGCCCGGACACACUACCACCUGGGAUAGGCUACCCCCUUGCGACAUACAACACAGACGAAGAUUUGAAGCACCUGGAGCAGUUACAGUCUCAAGGGGUGCAGAGUGUGACAUACGUUACCUCAGCAGACGUGAAGAAGCUCGAGCUGCCGCAGUUUCAAGACCAUCUUGAAUCUACGGAACGUGGCCAAAUGCCACAAAAUGUGCCCUGGUGGAGCGAAGCCGCGUGGUAUCAACGACAGGCUGUCGGCGGGAAAUGGAUCGAUGGCCGAAUACCACCGCCUACAUCAAUCAGAGCCAUUAGUCUUGGAGCUGUCGCCGGAGCCACGAUGGGGGCUUUGCGGGAAGCACAGAUGCGGCUGCGCGAGUCGAAGCUCUACGAUCAUGCAACAUAG